GACAUUUGAGUCGCACUCGCAUUCGAAAGAGGCUACGCCUCCGAGCCUCCAAAAUGCAAUUUCGUCGCGUAUUCUUCCGCAUACGUACUAAAAUAUAGCACUACCAUACGUAAAUUGCCUCUCUACUCUUUUUAUUUAUUAAGAAUAGUUGAGCAGUUCAGUGCCCGUUCUCGAAACGAUAUCACUUUCAUGGUGUAGUGAGUGUAUUCAGAAAGUGUUGUUGUUGUGAUUUCUUUGCGACACACGUCAGUACAGUGCCCUAGAUAGCUGUCGCUAAGGGAACUAGCCUGUGCCUUCGCAGGUCCGCUCAGCCUCAUUAAGUUCUCCGUGGAAGGUCGAGGUGAUGGCGGGGCCGGCGAGCGGGGGCGGAGGCGAGCCUACAAGGCUCAUUCCCGCGCGAGUGCCGGCCGUCUUUGAGAUAUCCACCUCGCCGGGAGCGCCCACGUUUAACAAGAAUGAGGUGGGAGUAACAGUCACGUCUCCGUCAAGAAGACCUGUGACUGCGCGUGUGCUGGACGUAGCCGAAAGACCGGGAGUAUACCGUAUUGAGUUUACACCAGAAGAGGUCGGAACACAUCUAAUCGACAUUUCAAUAGCAGACGACAAGUUAGCCGCGGGGCCGUUAGUCGCCAAAGUGUACGACUCGAGCCUUAUCAAAGUAACAGACGUUGCAAACGCCGUAGUUGGACAACAGUCUCAGUUUAGAGUGGAUGCCAGCGCCGCCGGUGAAGGACAACUAGAAAUUUCAAUAAACGAGGGUGAAGUCCCCAAUCAUGUGCAAGUAGUAGGUGGAGGUCGAUGCCUCGUCUUCUGGAGGCCGGAAACUCCGACACCUCAUCGCGUGGAUAUCAAAUUUAAUGGAGAACCGGUACCAUCGUCGCCUUUUAUCUUUGACGUCGCACCAGCACAAAGAGUUACUAUAGAUACAUCACAAAUUGAAUUAAUACCAGUUGGAGAAGUAGCGUCAUGUUCUGUGAGAGUAGAAGGUUCAGGUGGUGGAGAGCUGACAGUAACUGUAAAAGGGCCUCGAGGAGAAGUACCGGUUCGCCUCACCGGUGAUGCAGCAUCUGGACUCGUAGCCAGCUUUACACCCAAAAAUGUUGGCCCGCACACUCUUACAGCACAUUAUAACAACCAGCCAGUACCUGGAACACCUUUUAUAUGUAAAGCAUAUGAUGGAAAACUGGUGAGUGUGAGUGGUGGUGCAUCAGCGCGUGUUGGAGUACCAGUUCAACUUGCGGUAGACGCAGCACAAGCUGGUGAAGGGAACCUUGAGAUUACUGUGGCUGCACGGGGAUUAAAUAUCCCAACUCAGGUCCACCCACAGGGGAAUGCCCGCUUUACAGUCUCAUUCACACCAACAGAAGCAUGUGAACAUAUUGUCAAUGUUUCCUUUAAUAAGAUGCGUGUACCAGGUUGUCCACUUAUUGUGCCCGUGGCAGAGGGAGGAGGUGGAGGAGCACGAGUAACAUUGCCAGGGCCUGUACCACUACACCAGCCUGCAGCAUUAACAUUACAUCACCCAACUGCCACACUUGACCAGAUAGAAGUCAAUGUUGAGGGGUGGUAUAAAUGAGAAGGGGUACAUACAAUUUGAAUUGAAUUAGAUAAAAGAAAUGAUCAAAUUGUUUAUAAAUGGGGUAUUUGAUCAUGAAAAAAUUAAAACAAGUUUUAGUGAUAAAUAAUUUCACUUUAACUCGCUUUUGCUAUUCUAACAACACCCGCCCCAUUUAACUUCUUUAUUGAAACAGAAACAGAAACAGAAACAGAAACUUUUUUAUUCAAUAUAGAUUAUAAAUAAUACUUAUUGAAAGUCAUUCUUUUGUUUGAUUACCACUGGUUCGGAAAAAACCUCUGUCCUGGGAAGAACCAGCAAGAAACCCAGCGGGACUUUUUUUUUUUUUUAAAUAACAGCUUACAAUCAUGAUGUUACACAAAUUAACAACACAACAAAUUAGAAAUAGCUUGGUAGCGAUCACCUCAUUUCCAGGGGUUAUUAUCAUCCAUAAAUUCCUUAAUAUUAUAAUAACCCUUUUUAUACAAACUUAGUUUAAUAAAGUUUUUGAACUUUGAACAGGCCAAACUUUGUAUAUUUUCUGGAAUUUUGUUGUAAAAGCGUAUACAUCGCCCCAAGAAUGAAUUACUGACUCGAUGGAGUCGAGUAACUGGUACUACUAGCUUGUGUCUGUUCCUAGUAUUUACAGAAUGAAUAUCACUUAUUUUUAUAAAACUACUUUUAUUUUUGUGUACGUACAUUAAAUUUUCAUAAAUGUAUUGAGAGGCCAAAGUUAAUAUAUUAAUUUCCUUAAAUUUUUGUCGCAGCGACUCUUUAGGCUUUAAAUCAUAAAUUGCUCUUAUGGCCCUCUUCUGCAAAACAAAUAUAAUUUCUGUGUCAGCUGCGUGUCCCCAUAGCAAAAUACCAUACGACAUUAUGCUAUGGAAGUAGCUGAAGUAAACUAGUCUAGCUGUUUCAACACUGGUUAGACUUCUAAUCUUUUUUACAGCAUAUGCUGCAGAACUAAGUCUGCUUGCUAGUUUUGAUAUAUGGGGGCUCCAUUGAAGCUUCGCGUCUAGUGUGAUUCCAAGAAAAAUGGUGGUAUCUACAAGACUCAGUUUCUCCCCAUUUAAAAUUACAUUAGUAUUUAAUUGUUUGACAUUUGGAGUCACGAAUUUCAUACAUUUUGUUUUAGUGCCAUUUAAAUGCAAAUUAUUAACAUCGAACCAAUUUACUAAUUUAGAUAUAGCAUUAUUUACUUCGUCAUAUUUUAGUAACUGUCGACUUAAUUUGAAAAUUAAAGAAGUGUCAUCUGCAAAUAAUACUAUAUCAUGGUUAUCCCCUACUAUGUAAGGUAAGUCAUUAAUGUAUACAAGAAACAGAAAGGGGCCGAGAAUUGAGCCUUGAGGCACGCCCAUUUGUACCAUCGAUCCGGAAGAGCUCAUAUUGUUAAUGACAACUUUUUGCGUUCUCUUACUUAAAUAUGAAAUAAUUAAUUUAAGGGCAUCACUUCUUACACCGUAGUGUUGAAGUUUCCUGAUUAAUGUUUCAUGGUGAACACAAUCGAAGGCCUUGGAUAGGUCACAAAAUAUACCCAAAGCAUCCUGUGAAUUCUCCCAUGCAUUAAAAAUAUAUUUAAUCAGCUCAACACCGGCAUCAGUUGUCGAGCGACCCCUUGUGAAACCAAAUUGAUUUUUAUGAAGUAAAUUAUUUAUAUUAAAAAAAUUUAACAUUUGAUCAAGAACAAUUUUUUCAAAAAUCUUACUAAGUGUUGGUAGUACAGAAAUAGGUCUAAAAUUGGCGGGGUCUAAUGUACUACCAGAUUUAAAUAAAGGUAUUACUUUACUAUGCUUCAUUAAAUCAGGAAACACACCAGAUUCGAUACUAGUAUUAAAAAUAAUAGCUAAAUGAGGCGCGAUUGUAUCUAUUAUAGACGCAAUAACUUUAACGGAAAUCCCCCACAGAUCCGCAGUUUUCUUAACAUCAAUAGUUUUAAAAUAUUUUACAAUAUCUUUUGAUGUCACUUUAUGAAAUGUAAAAUUCUUUGUACACACAUUUACAUUAUGUUUAAGUAAUGAUUCGGCGACGGCAGGAGAAGAAUUUAGUGACUUAGUGGUCAAGAUCGGAAUAUCAGUAAAAUAUUUCUCAAAAACCAUUGCUACGUCCUGAUCUGAUACAGUUAAUUUGUUGUUAACACUUAACUGGUAAUUUGAAUUGCGAGAGUUGAUCUUACCAGUUUCGCUAUUAAUUAUACUCCAUGUCAUUUUAAUUUUAUUGGAAGCCGUCUUAAUUUUGUUGCUCAAAUGCAAAGACUUGGCUAUGGAGCACACUCUUUUAAAUAUUUUUGAAUAUUUUUUUACAUAUUCCCUAAAUUCGACGCUAUGAUUAUAUGACCUUUCAUGGUAAAGAUCAUAUAACCUAUGCCUGCUCUUAUGGACUCCUACUGUCGCCCAUUCAUUGAAUGACUUCCGACUGUUCAAGGAGAAUGUUUUAGAAGUAAAAGUAUUAUUAAAUUCAUUGCAAAUAAGCUUAAAUAAUGUUCCAUACAAAAAAUUGGAUCAUUUUGGUAUGAAAGUGAUGGAAGUUUUUUCACUAUGUUACUUCUAAAUUUCUCCAAGCGACGUGCAUUUACUGGAACAGACACAACUUUCUCAUCUACUUGCUUUUUGUGAACAUAAGGUAACGAAACUACUUGUCCACAGUGAUCAGAACUUAAUUUUUGAAUUAUACAUUUAUGCAACGGCUUCACAUUUGUAAAAAUGUUAUCUAUACAUGUUGCACUAGAUUGAGAAAUACGCGUUGGCUCUAUAAAUAAAUUAAAAAGACCAUAUGAUUUAAACAAUGAUCUAAAUUUAAUAUUGAUGGAGGAAGCUUCUAGGAGAUUGAUAUUAAAAUCUCCACAUAUUACAACAGAUUUAUUCUGUUUAUUAAGCUUAGCAAAAACUUCCUCCAUAAUGUUUUCAAAAGUAUCAUAUGUACAACAUGGGGGUCUGUAGACGCUCACAACAAUGAGGUGCUCAAACUCAACACAUGCCAUUUCUACAGUUCGCUCAACAGAGAGGCUCACAAUGUCUUUACGUUCUUUACAUGAUAAUAAUUUACUAGCUAAUAUUAAGGAGCCACCUCUUAAAACCGUAUCUCUAUUGAAAGAACUGACCACCUGGUGAUUACUGAAGUUAAACAUUAAAUUAUAAGAUUUUAACCAAUGUUCAGUAAUACAUAAGAUAUGAAUAUUGUUGCUAUUUAAGAACAACUCAAUUUCUAGCUCUUUGCCUAUCAUGCCUUGUAUAUUUUGAUGCACCAGGUGUAAACAAUUUUCAUUAUCUUUCUGUGGAGUCAUACAAUUAAAGAUUUGUAAGCCACAUUCUAAAUUAUUUAAGUUAUUAUAACUGCUAGAGAUUACCUCUAUUGUCUCAUUUUCUAAUUUAAAUUACUUGGAACUGAUUCCAAAUUGCAUGUUAAGUCAUUACACUGCUCAAAAGAAGCAGAUGUCUGUGUAGCCAAGUCCUUGGCUGAGUUAAUAUAUAAAUAAUAAGAUAGCACAUUUGCUAUCUGUCUUAAAUUAUAUUUUGAUAGGUAAUACCUAUCUCUAGUCAAAAAUUUCUUAAUUAAAUUAUUUAUAUCUAUUAAAUUAAUUCUAUCAUUAUAAUUGUAACAAUUAAAUGUCAAGUUUAAAUUAUU